ACGCUGAAGUCGAGUGCACUGCGGAGCCAAUGCGGCGCGGGGGGCGGACCGCGGGGCGGGGAUUGUUUACGUCUUGCUCCGGAGCGGAAAGUAGGUCGCGGCUGGCCCGGCUGAGCGCGGCAGCGCAGAGCGGCUGCAGCUCCUUUCCACCAUGGCCAGGCGCCCGCGGAGCAGCAGAGCGUGGCAUUUUGUCUUGAGCGCAGCCCGCCGGGAUGCAGAUGCCCGGGCUGUCGCUCUGGCAGGGACUGCCAACUGGGGCUACGACUCUGAUGGGCAGCACAGCGACUCAGACUCCGACCCCGAGUGCACGUCCCUGCCGUCAUCAAUCCCCAGCGCCGUGCCGGUGACUGGAGAGUCGUUCUGCGACUGUGACAGCCAGAGCGAGGCCUUCUGCGGCAGCCUGCACACUGCCCACCGGGGCCGGGACUGCCGCUGCGGCGAGGAGGACGAGUAUUUCGACUGGGUCUGGGAUGACCUGAACAAGUCCUCGGCCACCCUGCUGAGCUGUGACAACCGGAAGGUCAGCUUCCACAUGGAGUACAGCUGCGGCACGGCAGCCAUCCGGGGCACCAAGGAGCUGGGGGAGGGCCAGCACUUCUGGGAGAUCAAGAUGACGUCACCCGUCUACGGCACCGACAUGAUGGUGGGCAUCGGGACGUCAGAUGUGGACCUGGACAAGUACCACCACACAUUCUGCAGCCUGCUCGGCCGGGACGAGGACAGCUGGGGCCUCUCCUACACAGGCCUCCUCCACCACAAGGGCGACAAGACGAGUUUCUCCUCGAGGUUCGGCCAGGGCUCCAUCAUCGGCGUGCACCUGGACACCUGGCACGGGACGCUGACCUUUUUCAAGAACAGGAAGUGCAUAGGCGUGGCGGCCACACAGCUGCAGAACAAGAGGUUCUACCCGAUGGUGUGCUCCACGGCGGCCAAGAGCAGCAUGAAGGUGAUCCGCUCGUGCGCCAGCGUCACGUCCCUGCAGUACCUGUGCUGCUACCGCCUGCGCCAGCUGCGGCCUGGCUCCGGGGACACGCUCGAGGGCCUGCCCCUGCCGCCCGGCCUCAAGCAGGUGCUGCACCACAAGCUGGGCUGGGUCCUCAGCAUGAGUCGCCAGCCUCCUGCGCCUUCGCCCGCGGCCAGCGGCCCUGAGCCCCGGCACUGCCAGCGGAAGCGCUGCCGAAGGACCUAGCCUGCUCCCUGAUCGAGACCCCCGGGGCUGGGACAGCGCGGUCCUCGCCCCGCCUGUGGACUGCCCCAGGGCCGCCGAGGGGAGGACCGAGCUGAGGUCUGUCCCGCUGCCCCUCUGCUGCCUGAGGAUAGGACGGGCCUCACUGCAGGGGCUCGGGGCUAUCAGCCCUAUGACCCCGAGACCCAGCCUGUGUGCUCCGGUGCUGGGCAUGAGAGCAGCCGCCGCCCCAGCGCAUAUGGGCUCAGGCCUGGGGGGCUGGCAGGGGAGGGGCUGGGGGGCUGUGGUUCGCUGCCUGCAAGGAGGACGCUCCUUGAGGUCGGCUCUCCCUGCCACCACCGGCCUCAGGUUUUUCUUAACUUGCUUUGCAUGUCGUCAGCUCUGUUCCUCCUGUCUGAGGCUGAAAGCGACCAUAAUAAACUAAGUCUGAUGUC